AUGAGUGCAGUGGACGUUGACGCUCUUGAUUCAAAUCAGACUCCCCUUUACUGUGCAGCCUAUAAUGGUGAUCUGGAAGGAGUAAAAGCUCUUAUCAAGAAAGGAGCUGAUAUUGAAAAACUCGUUGGGCAAGGUCAAUGGUGGUCUGUGCUACAAGCAGCUAUUGCACAAAAACAUCUAAAUGUGAUCAAAUAUUUAAUCAAACGAGGAGCCAAUUUGAAGACUUCUCUUUUCGGAAAGACUCCUUUCGAUUGGGCUAAUGAAAAAGGUAUCAAUAUGGAAGAAAUUAUAAAACAAUGCAAAACUGAAAUGGUAGAUAAAUUCAUCUAUUUAGUUAGAUUGGAUAAGUUUGAGGAGGCGAAGAAAGUCCUUGAAAAAUCAAAAAAGACAUUCUUUGGAAAUAUCAUCGAUCAACUGGGCUCUCAACAAAUGACCGCAAUGUAUUGUGUUGCAUUUGACAAUAAGAGCGAAGCCAUUAAGUGGCUGGUCGCUCAAGGUGCAAACCCUUCACAUCCAAUUUCUCAAGGCUAUACACCGCUUUUUGUUGCUGUAUCUCAAAAGAAGGAUGCUGCAACGAGGGCACUUUUGGAAUGUGGAGCAGACACCUCGCAAACAAUUCAAAAUCUCACUAUUUUCCAACUUUCAACUCGUGUAGGCGUUGAUUUGGUUGCAAUUUUAAAGGAGGUUUCAACCGUAUACAACGCUCUUGUAGAUGAAUUUGUUUUGUGCGUGAGAAAAUGCAAUUUUCAGAGAGCAGGAGAAAUACUACAAAGAAGAAAGGAUAUUAUUGACGCCAAUGCCUCAAACAAUUUCAAUGCAUUAUAUUGCGCAGUUUGUGAUCAAAACCUACCUGCAGUCAACUGGCUUAUCGAAAAGGGUGUGAAUGUUAAUAAGGCAUGUGUAGAUGGCAUCACAGCAUGUGCUCUUGCCGUAACGCAGAAAAUGGAGCCUAUUAUUGAAUUAUUAAUAGAACAUAGAGCUGAUCUUACUAUCAAAGAUGUUGAUGGGUUUGACUGUUACGCCAGAGCUCAGUAUGUGUCAGUGGACUUGAAAGCCAUUUCUGAGAGAGUUAAGGUUAAGAAACAACAUAUCGUGCAUGACUUUGUUGUGGCUGUUAGAAAAAAUAGCUAUUCCAUUGCAGAAGAACUUUUAAAGAAACAUCCAUGGGUUAUCGAUGAAUGUGACAACAAUCAAUUGACAGCCCUUUAUUGCUGUGUUUGUGAUGGUAAUAUUACUGGCAUUGAAUGGCUAUUACAACAUGGGGCAAACAUUGAAAAGACUGUGAUUCAAAAUAUCACUCCUCUUCAUGCGGCAGUAUCAAAGAAACAACCAUCAGUAGUUAAGGCUUUGCUCAAACGAGGAGCAAACCCUACUAUUAAGGAUGGAUCUGGUUUUGAUGCAUUUGGAAGAGCAAAGUACGAAGGUUUUGAUCUUGAUUCACUCGUGAAAGAAUGCAAGGUAGUACCUCAUUUAGUUGCCCCUGUUAUGCCCAACAUGUCUAACCAAACUGCCUUACCAGUCGCUACCCAACAAAAUAUAAACCUGGCUACUUCAAAUAAUCAACCAACUCUCCAGACACAGCCAGUCAUAACACAACCCAAUCACAGUAUUUCUCAAGACCCUGUUUCCAUAAGAGGAACCUCCUCCACUCCUCACACACAGCCAACAAUUACUCAGCAAAACCAAAGCCUUUCUCCUCAAGAAGUUUCUGUCAGGGCUGGCUCUAAUACGGUAACUGUUGAUCCAAAUGCUUUCAAUACUAUCAAAGCAGGAAAUACCUUACAACCUCCACACUCUAUGGAGUCCAAUUCGGUACAGUAUAAUUCCUUCUCUUCUGGCAGCUCUGGAGGUGGAGAUUCAUCGUUUGUAAUGACCACUACUAUGGUGAAAUCGAUCGACAACUCUGCUGUAUCUGAUUUUCCAACAGAUGAAAUUUCAAUGUACAAUAGCAAGAGAUCAACUAGUGUAUCCUCUUCUAAUUCUACACUAUCAUCAUUCAGUGGAAAGACAAAAACGAUUGAAGAGUUAAUGCAAGAAAAAUACACUAACAUCUCAUUAAUAGGUCGUGGAGGCUUUGGUGCCGUGUUCAAAUGUGACAAGAUUAUCAAGAAUCGAAAAAACGCUCCAGCUCAAACGAGAGCAGUAAAACUUAUCGAGUUUGUUAGCACCGAUGAUUUGAAUCGUUCCCUGAGAGAAGCAUUCAGACUUUGUGGACUUCAACAUGAAAACGUGUUAAAAGUUCAUGAUGCAUAUGUACUCCAAAUGGGAUCUGCAGGUAGUCUAAGUGAAAAGAAUACCAUGUGUAUUGAAAUGGAAUUUAUCCCUUGUGGAGAUUUGGCUGAACGGUUUUUGAAGAAGAAAGUAUGCCUUUCCAAUGAUCUCAUUAAGCAUUGUAUUAGAUGCAUGUGUGAUGCUUUGGUUUAUUUAUAUGAAGAAAAGCAAAUGGUUCACAGAGACAUUAAACCACACAAUAUCAUGAUCCGAUCUAUCGAUUUGGAUCAUAAUCAGCUGGAUAUUGUUUUGGGAGAUUUCGGGCUGGCCAAAUCUGUUGGAGAUUCUGCAAGUAGUGCCUCAUUUGCAGGGACACUCCAGUACAUGAGCCCUGAGCUGUUCAUGAUGCAACAAGGAAUGUCAGAAGAACAUGAGGACGAAGAUCAAGAAACACUCAGAAAACAUGCUCACGCUUCUGACAUGUUUGCUUUGGGCGUUACUUUUUAUCAAUUAAUUUCUCUAGAUAUGGUUACUUCAGUUACUGGCCUUAUCAUGAAGUUUAUGGGAGAUGAAAAGAAAUUAUUUGCUGCUCUUAGAGAGAAAAUCGCCAAGAAUUGUUCAGACAACAAUGUCAGCUAUGAUGAAAAAUUGAUAGACUUGAUUUUUGGAAUGAUGAAAAGAGAUCCAGAUGAACGGUUGACAGCUCAACAAGUAUUGGACACUUUAAACGAAUAA